AAAAUUUGGCGGGAUAUUUCCAGAUAAAAUGUAAGCUACAGAGUCUACAGAUACAAAAGUUAUUUCAUUUAUUCGACUGAUCAAAUCUGUAAACACGUUGACCUUUUUAAACGUGUUAAUAAAUGUCUCAUGAUAGUAAUUUACUUAUUUAUAUUGUAUUCAUAGGUUGUUAAAAUAACGUCAUUAUUAAUUUAUAAUUUAUACAUGUUAUAUGUUUUAUUAGUUCGUUAUAGUUGUAUUAUACUAAUAGGCUUCUACACAUAUUAUUUAAUCUAUAUAGGUACAAAUUAGAAAGAGCAAACGAAACAUGGGUAUUCAAGGGUUAUUACCGCUUUUGGAAAAGUCUUGGAAAUCCGUGAACAUAUCACAGUACUCAGGAUGUACUGUGGCUAUAGACGCUUAUAGUUGGCUACACAAAGGUGUCUACACAUGCGCUGAAAAAUUAGCAAGAGGAGAAGAUUGUCAAGCGUAAGUAUAAAUAUAUAUAAAACUGAUUUUAUAAAUACUUAUAUAGUUUUUACUUUAUAUGAAUUGGAUUGUGAUAAUUGAUAAUGAAUUAGAAAAACGAUUCUGACUAUUUUCAAUCAAGUCUAAAAGAUUGAAUAUUAAAAUAAUAUUUUCAAUUCAAAUAAAAUUUGUGUUUAAAUAUCAAUUUAAAAAAUAUUAUAUUUAUACUUUUUGAGCACAUUUACUUUCCCAAAAUAAUUUAACUGACUAAUAUGAGUAUAAUAUGAAAACUAUCAAUUUGUGUCUGACAAUAACCAAAUUAUUUUUUAAUUUCUAUUUUUAUUAGAUAAGAUACCUAAUUUUUGUGUUAUAAAAUCAAAAAAAUCUACAUCAAAUCAAAAAUUAUUAACAUAGGUACCAAUAAAGAUAGUAUUUUACUAUAUUUGUUGUUACAAUUUGAUCUUGAAAAUAAUUAAAUUAAAUCAUUUUUAUAUAAUAUUGUUAAGUAUAGGGUCAGAUAUAGAGGAUGUUCCCCUUCCAAUAACAUACCACCUCACCGGUUCUUCCUAUUGCUUAUUGCACAACUACCCUGUUCACAUUUUUCAAAAUUUCAAACUCAAUUUUAUUUUUAUUUUUAUUGUUUUUUGUUGUUUUGUUAGGUAUGUAUAUUAUUGUAUGCGAUUUGUGUCCAUGUUGUUAGCUAAAAAUAUUAAACCAAUUUUAGUAUUUGAUGGACAACAUUUGCCUGCUAAAGCUGAUACUGAAUUAAAAAGACGAAAGUAAUGAUAUAAUAAUAAUAUUGUUCUAUUAAAAUUUAAAGAAUUAAUAUUUAAUUUUUAUUAUUUUCCAGGUUAAGAGAGCAAAACAGAAAGAAAGCAGCAGAGCUGUUGCGUUUAGACAAAGGUAAAGAAGCUUCAGUCCUGUUGAGACGUAGUAUUGAUGUUACUCAUAAAAUGGCAUUAAAUCUCAUUAAAAAGUGCAGAGAGAUUAAUGUUGAUUGUAUUGUGGCACCAUAUGAAGCAGACUCACAAUUAGCUUAUUUAAAUUUAAGUGGCAUUGCUCAUAUAGUUAUUACAGAAGAUUCAGAUUUAUUGCUAUUUGGCUGUAAAAGGGUAAAAUUACUGAUUAUUGAUUAUCAGUUGACUUUUUUCAAUAAACUAGAAAUUACUUUUUUUUUUUUUUACUUACAGGUUUUAUUUAAAAUGGACCAAAACGGGUUCGGUGUGUUAAUUGAACAAGAUAAAAUUUACCUCUCAAUGAACAUGAACCCUGAGCAGUUCAGUUUAGAUAAGUUCCGUUACAUGUGUAUAUUAUCAGGUUGUGAUUAUUUACCUUCUAUUCAUGGAGUAGGAUUGAUAAAAGCUCGACAAUUCAUUUCGAGAUCAAGUGAACCUGAUAUUUACAAGGUAAUUUUUAUCAAAAAAUUAUAUUAUAUCAAAUUUGUUCAAUAAUUUACCAACAUUUUCAGAAUCUUUUAAGAUUAGGAUCUUUUAUGAAUGUUAAAGUUCCAUCUGAAUACCGUGAUAAAUUUAUGGUUGCUGAUCGCAUGUUCCUAUACCAACCCGUUUAUGACCCAUGUUCUCGUAAAACAAUACCAUUAAAUGAAAUAUUAGAUCCUAAUUUGUCUGUGCUUGUUUCAAAACUAACUGAUGAUCAGGCUUAUCAACUUGCUCUUGGAAAUAUUGAUCCCAUAUCUUUAGAAGUAUUGGAUAACUGGGAUCCAGAUUAUAACAUAGUAAGAGUGUACCUAUUUAUUAUUAAAUAUUAAUUUGAUAUUUUUACUAUAUAAAGUAAGUAUGAUACUUUUAGUCUUCUGAUAAAACUGGGAAGAAAAAAAUUAUUCGAGCACAUCAUAAAAGUAUUUGGUCAAAAGAUUAUUAUCCUAAUAAAUAUGAACCUAAUAAUGUCAUAUUGAGUCAACCAAUAAUAAAGAGCACUCCUCCUUCUAAAAAACUCAAUGUUACCAAGACUCACACUAAGACCUCAGUAGUUGAAACACCUACAAUAAAAAAAUGUCUACCAGGUAAUUAUUAAAACAUAAUGGUUUUUAAAAUAUUGUAUUCAUAUAAAUAUGUUUUUAGUGACUGAAGAUGAUAUUUUGGAUACUCUUGAUGAAAUUUAUAAAAAUGAAGAAAUUUCAUUAGAAAAUGAAAUUGAUAUUAAAGAUAAACAUCAGUUGAAUAAGUCUAAAAUAAAUGAAAAUGUUUUGACACCAGAUUUUGACAAUCUUGCAUCUGAAAUACCCACUGAAUUUACUGAAUUUUCUGAAUUAACUAAAAGAAAGAGCACUGUUCUUAAUUUUGAAAAACAAAUAGUCAGUGGGUUAGUGAUUGAAAUAAUUCAACUUCAGUAUAGAUAUUUAAUAACAAUUCAUUAUUUGUAGAUACUUUUCUCCUAAAACACAGACAAGCAGUGAAAUUAUUCAAAAAGAAUGGAUAAACCCGUUUAAAUGUCGUAAAAUAUCCAGUCCUAAAAACGAAAAUGAUAAUGAUGAUUUAAGCACUUCUCUUAAAUCUAAUGAUUUUGCUGAUGAAAUUGAAUUACAAUGUCAUAAAGCCGAAAUCAUUAACAUGAAGUCAAAUAAAAAAUUACCUGAUACAACUAAUAAAGCUUUUAAUUGGACGAAUUAUGAGAAAAAUGUAUCAAUAGUCAUAAAUGGUAUACAUGACAAAAAAGACAUGAAAAUUAUUACACAAAACAAUAGCUUUCCAUUAAGUGAUGAUAAUAAUAAGGUAAUAAAAUAUGUAGUAUAUAUUAUGUCUUGACAAUUUUACGUGUAUACUUUAAACACGUCUGUAGAAUAUACAUAAAUAUAUGUACUUUAAAUGUCAUGCAUACAGUUUUAAUAUAAAAUAAAAAUAUAUUUGAAUGACUUAUUAAUAUAACAUGAGAAAUGUUACGAUGUCACAAUUUAAUUGUUGUUAUAAACAUUUGUUUAACACAAAUUAUAAUUUCAACAGACUGAUAAUGAAAGUGACAUUGAUGAAGGAUUUUGCAGUCAGAAUAUUAUGGAAUCAAACAGUUCUAAUUUAACUCCAAAACAAAGUAACCGUGUCUACAUGAGAACUGGCUUAUCUAAAAGUACUGGAAAAAAAAGUCAGUCUCUGUUGUCAAAAUUUGGUUUUAAGUAAGACAUUUUUGUUAAUUCAUUAAUUACUUUACAAUAAUUAUACAUUUUAAAUUUUAAUACAUUGGUACAACUUAUGUUUUAAAAGGUCUGCAGAAAAAUUGAAACGUUAAAUUCAUUGGUAACACAGCGCCACAUAUAUUUUUUUUUUUUUUUAUAAAUUUAUUGUUCCUUAA